AUGGUCAUGGUCAAGGGCACGAGCGACUUCGCCGGUAGCGUUGACCUUAUCGUUGUUGUCACUACAGUUGUCAAUGUUGUUGAUGUCGAUGCCACUGUCGAUGCAGACGUCGAUGUGAACAUCAUCACGCCCUUUCCAACCUGUCCAACCAAUCGAUCGAUCGACCGAUCUGCCACGGGCCACGCCAUGGCUGUCAAGAACAUGCUCCAGACGGGCCAUUUGCUGAACGCCUUCACCCGGAAAUGGGGUAAUGGGAUUAUCUUGUUACUUCCCCCCGGCUUCGACAAGUUGUUGCAUAAUGGCGGCAUUACACGAGUCAAUACCAUCGCCAAAGCCUUGCACGACACCUUGGACGAUGAACCAUUAGGAACGAUCUGUCAAUUACUCGAAACCAAGAUCCUCACUCCCGUCCUGCAAGGUACACGUGUCCACCUUGAACUGACUUCGGCACCCGGGGUCCCUUUCCAACAAACGCGUCUCGAGACCGCUAGCGUGAUCCGCGGACACAAAAAACCACAGGACAAACCCUACCUGUCUCCCUCUUCUUCUCCUUCUGGUGGUCACCCACUCGCAGCCGCCGCCGGCAUGCAUGCACGAAGUCCGUUGAGCCACGCCAUGGCGUAG